UCGAGUCCCUGGAUACAGAUCUAAAGCACGCUCCGUAUAGAAGAAACUCGGCGGAAGCGCGUCACGGAUCACGCGCAAUCAGAUGUAACCUGCCUAUCUUUCUUUCUUUCUUUCUUUUUUUCUCACCCAAAAUCAAAAGAUUGAGAUUAAUAGUGAAAAUCGAUCUUUACUCGUCCGCGAAGCGAAGUAACGCAACCACAGCUUGCUUGAUCCAUACUUCAAAUCUCCUUCUCAACAACUAACUCUCUGCGCCGCCCCCCAUUGUAUGUAGUGUAGUGUAGUGUAGUUUAUCUUCCCCCUCCCCCUUCUCUCUACAAUGCUAGAAUGCCUCAAUAUAGGCAAUCCGGAACCGAUAGAUUCAGCGUUCGCGGAGGAGCGUCUGAUCACGUAGCGAUCGGGAUCCGAAACGGUGUCGGAGGAGGAGCGACUCAGCAUCACGGGAAGACUAACCGUUGGAGGCGAUCCGUUCGACCUGAGAGGAUUCGUCGCCUUGGAAUCGGCACUGCUGUCUUCGUUCUCUGCCUUGUGCUCGUCGUCACUGUGCUAGCCUACUAUUACAUCUCUGGUUUCGCUAAUAAUGACUACGAUGAUAAUAAAGGAUUGGAUUCUUUCGAGGGUGAUUUUCUGACGAAUGUGACGAGAAUCGAGCCUGGGAAGGUGCUUGAGUUUGGUCACGGUUCAGUGGUUCAUGGACGAGACUCGAGGUAUUGGGAUAAGGAUGAUAGACGAAGGGAUGAUGACUACAAUGAAGAUGAAGUGGAGGAGCAUAAUAAACCUAAGGUUCCUGUCAAGGGUUUAGAUUCGAAAGGGAUGAUUGGUUUCUACAAUGAGGCUGGAAGGAACGAGUUAGACAAGUAUGAAGCAGAGUACCAAGCUUCCCUUGUCAAAGGUGUUGUUGGUGGAGGAGAUCACGAGGCUGUUGCUGUUGAUAUGGACCCUGAUGCUGAUGAUGCGAUUGAUUCUCAUGAUAGUCAAGGGGAUGAAUACGUUGAUUCUGGCCAUGACGAUGAUGAUAAUGACAAUGAAAAGCCCCACAAGGAGAAAUCUACCGAGGGAGAUACUUCAAAGAGAGAGUCUUCUCUUGUUGGGAAGGGUGGUAGUAAGUCCGGGAAAACAUCACGAUCUGAUACAAAACGAAGAGGUCGUGGUCGCAGAUCUUCAGCUUGUGAGAUGAAGCUAUUGAAUUCUAGUCAACCAAUUGUGGAGCCCUUGAAUACUCGAAAAUCUGCUAGAUUCUCCUUACAGUACGUGGAGAAUGAAGAUAAACCUGAUGGAGACGAACAGUGGGUGCCUAGGUUUGCUGGUCACCAGAGUUUACAGGAGCGUGAAGAUUCCUUCUUGGCUCAAGACAAGAAAAUUCAUUGUGGUUUUGUCAAAGCUCCCAAAGGAUCUCCAACCACUGGGUUUGAUCUGACAGAAGAUGAUACCAAUUAUAUCAGUAGAUGCCACAUCGCUGUGAUCUCAUGCAUAUUUGGCAAUUCUGAUCGCUUGAGGCCUCCUGCCAAUAAAAUGAUAAGUCGGUUGUCGAGAAAAAAUGUGUGCUUCAUUGUGUUCGUGGACGAGAUUACCAUGCAAACACUUUCUGCAGAAGGCCAUGCACCAGACAGAGCAGGAUUCAUUGGUUUGUGGAAGUUGGUUGUUGUAAAGAAUCUGCCUUAUACAGAUAUGAGGAGGGUUGGCAAAAUACCAAAACUGUUGCCACACCGACUUUUCCCAUCAGCAAGGUACUCAAUCUGGUUGGACAGUAAGUUACGACUUCAGUUGGAUCCCCUACUCAUUCUGGAGUACUUCCUAUGGCGUAAAGGUCACGAGUAUGCUAUAUCAAAUCACUAUGACCGCCAUUGCUUAUGGGAAGAGGUUGCACAAAACAAGAAGCUGAACAAGUACAACCAUACUGUUAUUGAUCAACAGUUUGAGUUUUACAAGGCUGACGGGCUGACCAGAUUCAACGCUUCAGAUCCGUUCAAGCUUCUUCCUAGCAAUGUUCCAGACGGGUCUUUUAUAGUAAGGGCACAUACUCCUAUGUCGAACCUAUUCUCAUGUCUUUGGUUCAACGAAGUGGAACGCUUCACUCCCCGUGACCAGCUGAGCUUUGCUUAUACUUACCAGAAACUAAGACGGAUGAAUCCUGACAAACCAUUUAAUCUUCACAUGUUCAAGGACUGCGAGAGAAGAAAGAUUGCGAAAUUGUUCCGUCACAGAUCAGAGGAGAAGCGAAACCUUAUACAAGCAGCACUACAACAACAGAUGACCUGAGCUUCUUUUUUUUUCUUUUUAAUAUAUUACCUGUUGGGGUCAGUCUCUACUGCAGUACUGCUAUAUUCACAGUGUCACUUGGAGAAAAGCUCUUUCACAGUUCCUUUUUUGAAAAGCUCUUUGCUCCGAUGACUCUUAAGACUGCUUAAGUUGGAUCGAGUCUGUUGCUUGUGGCAAGAACCAGAGAAGGUAUACCAAAACAGUUUGAUGUGAUUUGUAGAGAUGUAGAAGAGUACUUGGAAAGAAGAAGAGGCUUUGAUUAAGAUUCUCGAGGGUCCUCGAUUUUUAUUCAAUUCA